AUGUCUAGCGACUCUGAGAUGACGGAAGACCUAGAGUUUGGUCAGGCAGACCCUGAAUCAUAUUUUGAGGAGGUGGCUAUCCAAUGCCUUUUUCAGAAUCCAGAAUUGAGAUUCUUGAACCUCGAAGAUCCCGAAGCCUUGCAAGGGCUUCGCAGCUGCGUGGCGAAAGCUCUCUCAAGCAAACGCCGUCAUAGUGCUCCACUUGAGGGAACUCCACCUAAGCGCCGUUCUGGUACUAAUCGCAAGCGAUCAGGACAAGACAACGAUAACAACGAUGAUGAAGAUGGUGAAGGGAGUCCAAACGAACGCCGUGCAAUGGUCAGCGGCACGGGCUCGAGGAGCGUCAGCUAUGCUUGUCCUUAUCUAAAAUACAACCCAAAUGGAAUCUCCGAACGUCAUCGUUGCGACGCUGGAUGGCCGGACAUCCCUAGGCUGAAGGGACACCUUUUUCGUUGUCACAAGAUAUUUCUAUGCGUUCGAUGCUGGGAAGCAUUUUCCAGAGAGUUAGAUUUAACCACUCACUUGCGAACGGAGUCUUCCUGCAAUGUAGUUGACCCACCCCCCGAUGAUGCCUACGAUUGGGGUCGUGGUUUCAACAAUGAGCAGGAGACGAAGCUGAAAUCGAGGGACAAAAACGUUGCAGAAACGACUAAAUGGAAAAACAUUUACAAAAUCCUUUUUCCCCGCGUUGCCAAUGAAGACAUACCGUCACCGUACAAUAUCAGCCACGGACACUUGCCGCCCUUCCCAAGCCCCGAUAGUGCGAGAGCUGGACCUUCCAGUCAGAAUCGAGACGAAGAGAUCAUCACAAGGGUUGUGGAGCGGCUUAUACGCUGUGGUCAACAGCAGCAACAUAACAUCGGUGGUUACACCGGCCAUGUUGGUGCUUACGGUGAUCAGGGCUUUCGCCAACUGCCUACUCCACAAAACACAUUGACAAGUCGAGAAUCGGGGCAUAUGCCAUACACAGGCCCAUUCCACAUGAAUCAGAUCGCCCCAAACAAUUUCUAUCUCAACCCCCAUUCUCACGGGUUUGGUACAACAAGCGAUCUGACCAAUGAUUCUGCCUAUUCCACCAGCCAUUCUUCCACGAAUCAGCCAGCAUAUCCUCAGUACGGGUAUAGACCACAAGAGCACCUCGCAGAUCAAUCUUUGGAUGAUCGACCAGUUCUAAGCGGCGCAGGAUUACUCUGCGGCAUGGAGAACUAUGAACUUGGAAAUGACUAUCAGCUCCCACCAGGAAGUAUGGAUUAA